AUGGAUAAGUCUUGGAUUGGAAUGCCAGGAAACACAUCGGAGUAUUUGCUUGGUCUGAAUCAAUUUCUAGAUUUUGCAUUUAACAAUGGAGCUAUAGGAGAUAAAAUUAAAUGUCCAUGUCCUAAAUGUGAUUUUGGAAAGUGGCAAACUAGAAAUAUAGUGUUUGACCAUUUGAUCAACAAGCCGUUCCCAAAGAAUUAUGUCAUUUGGGUUAUGCAUGGAGAAAUGAAUGUGUUUCCUAAUUCGAGAAACACAGAGACCACUCAGGCUAUACCACCCAUUGAAAAUCCAAUAGAAUUAUUGGUUAAUGAAGCAUUCAGGGGCUUAAGGCAUGGGGGUGUUGAUGUAGGUCUAUCACCGGUAGUGGAAGAAGAAGAAACGUUACAUGAUUCGCCUACUUUAAAUAAGAAAAAUUUAUUUGAUAAGUGUUUAUCUGGAUUAAGUGAUAAGGGAAUGACUAUGAUCCUAGAUCUACUUAGGGAUGCAUUUAAAUUUGCAAAGAUCCCUGAUUCUUUUAAUGAGGCCAAGAAAACCAUAAAUAAGUUGAGUCUUGAUUAUAUCAAAAUAAAUGCUUGUCCAACUGAUUGCAUGUUGUAUUGGGAAGAUGAUGUUAAUGCUGAGACAUGUAAGUAUUGUCACACUUCUAGAUGGAAGCCAGAGAAGAAGAGCAAUACAGAUCAUACACCGACCGCAAGUAAGAAGCAAAAGAAGAAGCAAAAGAAGAACCCUGCAAAAAUUUUGCGACACUUUCCCUUAAAACCAAGAUUGCAAAGAUUGUUCAUGUGUUCUAAAAUUGCAGAGCAUAUGAGAUGGCAUGCAGAGGAUGAUAACAAAGAUGGAGCCCUACGACAUCCUAGAGAUGGUGAGGCGUGGAAGAAGUUUGAUACAACUUUUCCUGAAUUUUCUUCUGAUCCUUGA